AUCAUUUUCAACUGGAACUCAGAAUAUAUCAAAAGUCCACCUUCAUCUAUAUAAUCACAUAUAUACAAUCUUAUCUCCGUCAUAAAUGAAAUAUUGAGCAGAGAGAGAGAGAAAAAAUGGCGGACAAGAAAGAAAUAAGCUCUAAGUAUACUGUAUUAUUGGUGCGAAUAUGUUUAUGUUCCAUAUUUGUGAACAUAUUGUUUGUGGUGAGAGAGUAUUAUGGUGGUGAAGAUUAUGAGUUGCAGCUGAGUUGGAGUAGAAAAGCAGCUGCUGAAGCUGAGUCAGUUGCAGCAAUUUCAUGCUCAGGCCAUGGAAGAACCUACCUCGAUGGUACUAUUCUUGAUGGGGAAAAACCAGUUUGUGAGUGCAAUCCUUGCUAUGGAGGCCUUGACUGCUCUCACUUUUUGCCUGAUUGUCCUGCAGAUGCUGAUAGUGGGGAUCCAUAUUUCUUAGAGCCGUUUUGGAUGCAAAAUGCAGAAAGCAGUGCAGUUUUAGUAGCAGGGUGGCACCGAAUGGGUUACCGCUACAUAAAUAACAAUCAAUCUUUAAUGUCGAAAGAGCUCGAGAAUCAAAUUCGCAAAUUGCAUGGCAUGGUCGGAAAUGCAGUCACUUCCGGAAAAUACAUUCUCUUCGGUGCUGGCUCAACCCAACUCCUCAAUGCUGCUGUCCAUGCCCUCUCUCUUCAUCACAAUGCCUCCUCUCCUCCUACUCCAGUUUUAGCUUCCAUCCCUUUCUAUACGCUAUACAAACAGCAAACAGAUGUUUUCGGAUCGUCGAAUUUUAAGUUUGAAGGAGAUGCAUCACUUUGGAUGAACAACUCAGAUAGUAAUAAUACCAACCUAAUUGAGUUUGUAACCUCACCAAACAAUCCUGAUGGGAAGCUGAAUAAGGCGGUCCUUCAGGGUCCAAAUGCAAAAGCUAUUUAUGAUCGGGUUUAUUACUGGCCUCAUUUUACGGCCAUUCCAGCUUCAGCCGAUGAAGACAUCAUGCUUUUUUCGAUUUCCAAGCUCACUGGCCAUGCCGGCGCUAGAUUUGGGUGGGCAGUGAUAAAGGAUGAAACCAUUUACCAAAGAAUGACAAUGUAUAUUGGUGUGAAUACCAUGGGUGUUCCUCGGGAGGCUCAAUUAAGAGCUCUCAAACUUAUAAAUGUAGUCCUUCAAGGAAGAGGACGAGAAAUAUUUGAAUUCGGAUACAAAACAUUGAGUAACCGUUGGGAAAAUUUGAGCCAAACACUUUCAGUUUCAACACGCUUUUCUCUCCAGAAAAUCGGAGAUCAGUACUGCAGAUUCUUCCACAAAGUUAGGAAGCCUUCACCAGCUUAUGCAUGGUUGAGGUGUGAGAGGGAAGAAGAUAAAGACUGCUAUGCAGUCCUCAAAGCAGCCAACAUCAUUGGCCGCCGAGGCGGUGUGUUUGGUGCUGAAGACCGUUAUGUACGCCUCUCCCUCUUAAGGAGCCAAGACGACUUUGAUCUGCUGCUGCACCGACUAAACCAAUUAGUAUUGGAAGAAGACAAAAUAAAAACUAUGCCAAUAAUGUGAUUAACAAUCUACUUAUUACAAACACCAAGUAAAAAUUUAUAUGUAAUAUAUAAAUGAAGAACAUCUCAAGCAAUAGACCUGCUUUUGAAUUAAUUCCCUCAAGAUCAUUAGAGGGUCAUGUCAAUGAGCCUCCCGUAGGCAAACAUUCACAAUAAAAGUAUUGUUAUAUAACUAAGAGACUUCCACAACACAUAAAACUGGUACCAUAAGGCCUUUUUACAAAUCAAAA